AUGAUUGUGAAACGCGGCGCGCUGAUUGUGAUCGAAGGUGUAGACAGAACCGGCAAAACAACCCAAGCAAAAUUAUUAGUUGAAAGCUUGAAAAAGAGGCAGAUACAAGCGGAAUACACGAAUUUUCCCAAUAGAAACACAGAAAUUGGGAGAGUCAUCAACAGUUAUUUGACAUCACAGAAAGAGCUAUCUGAUGAGGCAAUUCAUUUGCUGUUUUCUGCAAACCGCUGGGAAAAAUGCAGAGACAUUAUUAAUCUUCUUGAGAAGGGAGUUACUGUGAUUGUGGACAGAUAUUGCUAUUCGGGAGUUGCAUUUUCAGCUGCCAAAGGUCUCGACUUAAACUGGUGUAAAUCAUCUGAUGUUGGAUUACCGAAACCUGACAAAGUGUUCUUUUUGACAAUUCCCUUAGAAGUGAUGCAGCAAAGAAAUGGAUUUGGAAAUGAAAGAUAUGAAGUACCAGAAUUCCAAAAAAAAGUGACAGAAGUCUACAAACAGCUGAAAGAUCAUGACUGGGAUGUGUUGGAUGCUAAUAGAACCCUCGAUGCCAUUCAAGAGGAGCUCGUGCAAAGGACUCUAAAUGUGAUGAAUGUGGUUGAGCACACAUCAAUUGGUAAAGUAUGGACUAAGAAAUAA